AUGCUGCGAGCCACAGCCGAGGUGCAAGCCGACCAGUCGUGCCUGCGUGCAUGGACACCCACAUCCUCCCGAGCCGAACUAAGCCUGAUGCCGAAGUCCUUUGAGCUACCUUAUAUACCCUGCAUUGCAGUCGGCGUGCUUCGCCACCACAUCCCCGCGCCCUCACCAUCCCUACCCUUCGAACUCGAUGUCACCGGCCCUGAGGUAGCCAUCCCGAUCCCGAUCGAAACCGACGAGAUCGAGAUCGAGGUGGACGAUGCCGUCGGCUCGGCACGCGCCUCUUCCGAGCUCGACUUCGCCGAGACGCACCGCAAGAGCGAACACCUGAGCGAGAUCCGUCUCGAGUCUCUACCGCCUAGCUCGGUGCCCAACGCACAGCUGCAGCCCAUCGACGAGCUGUACAGCCAGCUCUUUCCUUUCACCCAGCAGCGUCCCAUUCUAGGCCGCCAAGAUCAAUCCCGCAACGAUGGUCACGCCUUGUUGACGCCGGCGGGCGGGCACGAUUCGUCUUUGCACGGCUUUGAUUCAAGUCGGCACGCUUCAGAGCCGCCAAAGCAAGCGCAUGUGGACUUUGACAGUAGCUCUCUUGGCCCAACAAGGCGACCUGAAGAGACUUUUAGCUACAAUGCCACUCCGCCACUCGCGCUGAUCGAACGGCGCAUGGCCAGGACGUUGAUCGGACUUACUUGGGGAGAGAUCAAGCUGCUAUCACUUGCCGGUGCCGGCUUUCUGGUGGACGCCUACGACCUGUUUGUGAUCAACAUGAUCUACCCUCUCCUGCUACUCGCAUACUAUCCGCCGGGGACACGCAAUAUCGAGUGGGGUCUAUCCGGUGGUGUUCUCAAGGCGUCGGCUAGCAUGGGAAACGUCGUCGGACAGCUGCUCUUCGGAUUUCUGGGCGACUUUUGGGGCCGCUCCGUGCUGUAUGGCAAAGAGCUCAUGCUCGCCAUGGCGGCGACUGUGCUCAUCAUCUCGGCUCCCGACUCGAUUCACGGCAAGGGCGUGACGAUCUGGAUGGCCGUCUUUCGCUUUGUACUCGGACUGGGAUUGGGCGCAGACUAUCCUCUCAGUGCCAGUGUGGUGGCAGAUAGGAGUAGUUUAAAGACAAGAGGUUUGUUGCUGUCGCUCAUCUUCAGCAACCAGGGAUGGGGUGCGCUAUUUGCGGCGUUGGCGGCGCUCGCGGUGAUCGGAGGGUACAAGUCGGCGAUCGAGGCGGGCGACUUUGCCAAGCUGAGUGGAGCCUGGCGCAUUUUGCAGGGAUUGCCGCUUGCACCGGCAGUCAUUGUGCUUUACUUUCGUUUGACGCUGGUCGAGUCGGCGAGAUUCGUGCAGGCGAGGUAUCUGCAGGACCACGACGAUAUUGCCACGCAUGCGUCGGCGGCGGGAUUGGUGCUGGUGCACAAUGCAAAGGGCGAGGAGGUCGCUAUCCAACCUACGAGCGUCUACACCUCGACGGACGCGAUCAAGCGCGCCAACAAGCGACGCAAGACCUCGCUCACGCCGUCGUCGCUCUCGUCGCCGCUAAGCUCGAGUGGCGAUUCGCGCUACAAGCUGCGGCGGCAGAUACCGUCACCGCGGGAUCUGCGAGAGGCGAUGCGCAAGGCGGCUGCGCAGAGCCAGGGAUUCGCCUUCCGAACCAUCGGUGUUCCGCGCAACGACUUUUGGGAGUACUUUGGCGAGUGGCGUCACCUGCGCGUGCUGCUCGGCACCUCGCUCUCCUGGUUCCUCGUGGACAUCACCUUCUACGGCAUCAAUCUCAACCAGUCGGCCAUCUUUGCGCUCAUCGGGUACACGCAGGGGAGCGCGUGGCACCAGAUCUACAAGCUUGCUCUGGGCAACCUCAUCGUUGUGCUGGCAGGCUUCCUUCCGGGAUACUACAUCACCGUAGCGCUGGUCGAGGUGGUGGGACGUAAAAAGAUCCAGCUGUUCGGAUUUGCUGCCAACGCGGUGCUGUUUCUCGCGCUUGCGCUCACGUACACGCACAUCAUCCACCACGCCGCGCCGUUCUUUGUGGUGUUUGUGCUGCUCCAGCUCAGCUUCAACGCCGGCAGCAAUGCGACGACGUUCAUCGUGCCUGCCGAGGUAUUUCCAACGCGCAUCAGGGCCACAGCACACGGCUUUUGCGCCGCCAUGGGCAAGCUGGGCAGCAUCGUGUCGUCGCUCGGAUUCAGCGUGCUCGCCAACGACAAACGCUUCGGACAUACGGGCAUCUUUUGGAUCUUCUUUGGUGUCAGCCUGCUCGGGCUUCUCGUGACAGUCCUGUUGGUGCCCGAGACCAAAGAGUAUGAUGCCGAUGCAGUCGAUAGGAUAGAGCUGCUCGAACGGUCUAGGACGGCUUAG